AUGGAUAAAAGUGAUACGAGAAACACGCUUAACAAAUUAAGAGAAUGUAUAGCACGAUUUGGUCUACCUGAUUUAAUAUUUUCAGACAAUGGUACACAAUUUACGUCUGAAGAGUUUACGGAAUUUUGUAAGAAAAAUGGCAUUCGAUUUCAGACAUCUCCACCAGGACAUCCGGAAUCAAAUGGAGCCGCUGAAAAUUCGGUGAAAACUUUUAAGAGAUCUUUAUCGAAAUUGUUAUCGGAUAGUAGAAACAAAGGUUGUUGUAUGGAUACAUUAGUAGAAAAAUUGUUAUUUUCAUACAGAAAUACUCCACAUUCGGUAACUGGAGUACCACCUUCACAGAUGAUGUUUAAUCGACACAUUAAAACUAGGCUCGAUUUCCUCACCAGAAAUGAUGUCGAAGAUGAAAUGUCUAAACAAAUAAAAUUCUUUAGGGGUAAUAGAGAGAUAGAGUUCAAAAUUGGUGAUGUUGUAUUUGUUCAGGAUUUUAGAAAUAAGAAAAUAGGCUGGACUAAAGCUAUUAUUAUGGAAAGAUUAGGAAAUAGAGUAUAUGUAUGCGUACCAAACGAUGACUCUAGGUUAAGCUGGAAAAGACAUGUAGAUCAGAUCAUAAGUACAAGUAUAAUGAUAGAAAGUGAGGAUGUACAGUCAAGAUAUAACGAAAAUGUAAUCGAUAAUACCAACGACUGUAUAUCUGCACCAAACAUUGUUUUUCCCAAAGAUUCAGACUUGGAUAAAGAACAUUGUAACAUUAAUAAAAAAAAUAUUAUGUUAGAGAGUACAAAGGUCUCUGAAGACUAUGUUCGCGACGAAGAAAAAAAUGUUCCAAUUGAACGUGUCUUAAGACCGAGAGAAAAAAUAAAAAAACCAGAUAGGUUGAACCUUUAA